AUGUUCAUCAAGUUAAUAAAAGUUUACAAAAAGUUUCGAGCAUUUGUCAGAGGUGAAGACAGUGACGAUAUAAAUAACAAUCCCAAGCCCCGUGUAGAAUAUGAAGAAUAUUAUCAUGGCAACCAAUUCCAGAGCUACCAGGACGUUUUGGAUGAAUUCGUCAAAGAAUGUAAUAAAGAAAGACCGCCUCCAUACGAUAACUUUAAGCAGAAUGAUAGUGUCGAAUACUUUGAUAAAGAACGACUAUCAAUCAAUUCAAAUAGUAUUAGCGAGGUUGGUGGUCCACCAGAUGUCUACAAAAUCCUUUUGGUAGGCGGAACUGGAGUUGGAAAAUCAACACUAAUUAACGCAAUGGCAAAUUUCUUUCGGGGUGGCACUCUUGAUAAUCUGAAAGUUGUCAUUCCAACUAAUCAUCUCGAUGCUACUGAAAUAGGAUUCAGAAGCUCCGAAGCUAAUAGCAAUGAUCAAACAAAAAGUCAAACCACAGAAUGCCAUACCUAUUGCUUCAAUCAUCCAGAAAAUAAAGCUCACAGAUUUAUUUUCAUUGAUACUCCAGGAUUGAGUGAUACGAGUGGCGUGGAUCAAGAUGACAGGAAUAUCCACGCGAUAAUUGAUACAGCAAUUCGCGUCGGUUCAAUAUCGGCAAUUGUAGUUAUUGCUAAUGGAACUGAAUCUCGGAUGACCGCAACAGCAAAAAACACUUUGGUUCGCCUGGCAAAUAACAUACCUAAUGCCAUUGUCGAGAAUAAUCUUUUCCUAGUUUUAACAAAGUGUACAGAAAUGAGUGCCUCUUUUUCUGUAAAAGAUUUUGCGGCUGAUUUUGCAGAGCCAAGUGAAACUUUCUAUAUGGAUAACCAAGCUUUCUGCAAUCAUCCUAAAACAUGGUUAAAUGAUGAAGAUAAAUACAAACGUCUUGACUCGCAAUGGAAGGAAUCCGAAAAAACAAUUAAUGAUAUGCUAAUAAAAAUUUCUCGACUAGCUCCCAUCCGAACUAUAGUAUUUAAACAAAUGAAAUCCCUUCGGGACGAUAUCAAAUGUGAGAUUCUUAGAACAUCCCAAGUCAUUGCAAAUAUUCAAAUAAUGCAUGAUCUCCUUGAUGGUGCUCAAAAGGAUAAGAAAAAAUAUGAAAAUUAUACAAAAACUGAAGAAGUCACAAUUUCGAAAAUUGUUGACGCCACUAAUCAUAGUACAGUUUGUAUUACACAUUUUAAGACGAACAAUGUCUUUUGUCAUGAAAAUUGUGGACUUAAUUUUACUCCAACGCCUGGAGAACAUCCAUUUAGAGAUUGUUAUUGCAUGAACGACUACAAAGUAUGCAAAAAAUGUGGAUGUGGCCCUACGAGUCAUUUGCAUAAAAGGAUUAAAGUAAUCAAAGAAACAAAAAAAAUUGACAAAGUCCUUGAAGAUAUGAAAGCGAAAUAUGAUGAGCAUAAAUCUAAGGCAGAUAAUUACAAAACAAAGCUUGCUGAUCUCGAAGCUACUGCCAAUAAACAAUACACAAAUAUUCAUAAAUAUUGUGCUGAUCUUAGAAAAGUUUGCACUAGAUUUAACUUUGUCGAUGAACUUAGUGCAAACAUUGAAGUUAUAAAACUUGAUGCAAGGAAUAUAAAAAAUGUUGAUUUGCGAGAAAAGUCUGAAGCCGAAAUUAAAAAACUUGUAGAAUUGGUGAAUGAAUUGUCUUCAAAUUCUG